GACGCCGCAUUAUACGCCUUUGGUGAUCAUCGUAAGGUGCGAGCCAAAUCCAAUGGGAUCUCACGUGUGCACCAUUGCUCUGUUGGUGCUGCUGGUGGUGGCAGCUGCUGACGCUCACCACAAGUCAAGCCACGCCACGAAGCACGGCGGUCGUGUCAGAGCAGCUCACAGGACCAGCAAGGCGACCCCAGUGACGAAGGGGGCGACGGGCCGGAGCUCUUCCGACGAGCUGGAGCUGGAGACUCUGAAGGCCUCCAAAGAGAUCAAAUUCGACUUCGGUGACGAUGGGACGUUGGAGAAAGAAAUGAAGGCCACCGGGCGCUACGACCCCAAAAUGGUUCUGGUAUAUGACGUGACGAUGGAUAGUUACCAGCGGAACCGCAUAUUCCUGACGACGCCUCUUAUGCGGCGCGGCAUUCCGGUAACGCUGAGCACGAUCCCCUUCGACGGCGAGGAGGAUCCAAAGCAGAAGCCGUACCCCAACCUGGAUAUACACCGCACCACGGAGGACACCAUCACCGACUGCGACAAUCAGCUGGUGGACAUCGUCACAACCGUGAAAACGUGGGCGGAUGAUGAUACUUUAUAUGCGAUCGACAAUGGUGUUCUGGAUUUGACCACGAGCCCCAAAAAUGUGUGUCCACCCAAAAUUGUCGCCUUCGACCUGCGGACUGAUGAGGUCAUCAACUCCAUAGUCAUCCAGAACGCAGCCUGCAACUCUAUGUACUCUACUUUAUGGGUGGACGCCUCGUGCGACACUGGUGGUCUCACGGCCUACAUCUCCGACACCAGAGGCUAUGUAUUGACGGUGACGGACCUCAGCACUGGAGCCUCCAAACACCUGCAGAGCCAGUACUUCCACCCCAAGCCCGGCUUCUUUUUCACCAAGGCAGGAGGACCAGCCUAUUACAUUCCGCACGGCCUGUGUGGUAUAACGGCGGGCGAGAGCUGCGACGGGAAACUCUACUUUCAGGCGUUCGCCAGCAACAUCCAGGGCGUUGUGGACAAGCAUGUGCUUCACGAUGCAACCGACGGGGAGGUGUUGGACAUCAAGACACAGCUUAACCUUCCUGGAGAGUUACCUGGGACGAGCGGAGAAAUGGUGGUGCAUCCCAAUGGACAACUACUAUUCUUCCCCGUGCUAGAUGACGUGGCCAUCUACUGCUGGAACACGACCAAGCAUCACGACCCAAAGAACUUCCGCUUGAUAGUUCAAGACAGUAAACGUUUGGAGUAUGUCAGCAGCCUCAAUAUAGAGACCAAAACAGAAAGAUUAUACGUAGUGAGCGAUCGAUUCACUAACUAUCUAUCGAAUACUACCGACUAUUCCGAAGAGAACUAUCGAAUUUUGUACAUUGACUUAAAGGAUAUACAAUGUUAAUUUGGCAAAUUACAGAUUUUGCGACUUCGAAGGACCUUUGUGUCUUGGUAAGAGCCAAUCAAUGACGUUUCCACUGUAUGAAAUACUGAACUGAAUGAAAUAUAGAAUCUGCAGGAACUGAA